AUGAGAAAACCCGAAAUCCAAAUAACGACGGUCCAACAUAACCCAUUUACUUCCCGGAAGAAAAGAGAGAGAGAGGAGAAAGAAAUGGCGUCUCCGAAUACUCAAUCACCGCCUUAUCCCAGUGCCGCCAGGAUCGCCGAUUCUCCGUGCUACGUUCAAUAUACUGCUUCUCUCAAAUGUUUAGAAGAAUUUAACUCAGACAAGAGUAAAUGCCAAGAACAAUUUGAUGUUUACAAGGAAUGCAAGAAAAAGGAGAGGGAAGCUCGGUUGGAGCGCAACAAGAAUAGGUCAUUAUUCUCAUGAAUUUCUUCUCUUCAAGAAAUUUUUACCAUUCCUACGAGUGGAAAGUUCGAUGAAGUGUGUUACAGGGAGUGCCGAUCCCUAGUCAUGUUGCAUAAUUUUUUUUUUCUUUUUCCUAAACUCUGACAUGAAUUAGAGAACUUGCUGUGUUAGAACAUAGAAAAGGUCAAUAAAUUUAGUAAUGUUCUUGCAGCAAAUGAGAUGUACUGUAUUCUUCCUUGAAGCUAUAUUACAAGGUCGACUUUGUCUUUGCUUUUUA